UUGAUGCAGCAACCGGAAAACAAACAACUUUUGCCGAGAUGCGUGAUGUCAGCGUGCGCUGCGCAUUAUGGCUUAGGAAGCAGGGAAUCGGCCGUGGUGACCGGGUGACUCUGUGUACGCACAAUCACCUGGAAGUUUACGCUCCCUUUCUGGCAGUUUACUACAACGGCGCCAUCUUUAAUGCUUGGAACCAUGAAAUCACUUUAGAGUCAGCGAGACACUUCAUGCAGCUGCUGCAGCCAAAAGUGAUAUUCGCCUGCGAGAGCGCCAUUGAGACUCUGCUCGAGGCCGCAAAACUUGAAGGGGUAAACACUAAGAUCAUAGUUUUUGGCAAUUUCCCGGGUAUCCAGUCCCUACAUGAUAUAACUCGGCAGCAAUUCGAACAGGAAGUUCGUGAAUUCUGUCCACGUGUGGUUGAGGACCCGCGCGAGACUGGGUUGGUCAUUUUAUCGUCGGGCAGCUGCGGCAUGCCCAAAUGUGUCAUGCACUCCUACGGUAACAUUCUGAAGAUGAUUCAGUCCGCCUCGCCAAAUUCCAUGACACAAGUGGCGCUCUGGUACACAACUACCCAUUGGAUAUCCGGUUUCAUACUCACCUUACACAGCAUCCUGUCGCUGGGUACGCGUGUUUUACACUCAAGCACCGAGAUUGAGGAUACUUGCCGCAUGAUUGAAAAGUAUAAGAUUAAUAGAUUGUUUUUGUCGCCGGUAGCGAUAACUCUCUUGUGCAAAUCCCGAGCUUACAAAAAGUUUAAACUUGAUUCGUUAAUGUUUGUAGCGACCGCAGGCAGUAAAAUAAAUAUUAAGACUUUCGAAGAGUUAAAACAGAUUAUACCAAAUGCUCUAGUGUUGCAAGUAUACGGAAUGUCGGAAACAGGUGGCUUCAUUACGAAACAAACAAACUUUACAAAAAACCCUAAUUCGGUAGGUUUUCCUGCACCUGGCAUACAAUUGAAAAUAGUGGAUCCGAAAACUGGUCGAGCUCUCGAGCCCAACGUGCCUGGUGAACUGUGCGUCAAAUCACAGGUUAUGAUGCUUGGCUACUACAAAAAUCAAAAGGCGUCAGAGGAGGCUUUCGACAGCGAGGGUUGGUUACACAGUGGGGACAAAGCAUAUUACAACGAGGAUGGCGAGAUUUUCAUUGUGGACAGAAUGACGGAAGUGAUAAUGUAUCGACACAAUGAAGUUUCCCCAAGCGAAAUUGAGCAGGUUCUGCUCUCCCAUCCGGACGUUAUUGAGGCGUCGGUGGUGGCGAUCCCACACGAGCACGACGGAGAAUGGCCGGUAGCUUUUGUUAAAAAGUUUCCAGAAUCCAAAGUUACGGAAGAUGAACUCGUGCAGCUGUCUUCAUCGACUCUUGGAGAUGUUAAAAAAUUGCGGGGAGGAGUCAAGUUCUUAGAUAAUAUACCACAUACGUUACCCGGAAAAUAUGCUAGACCGAUUCUAAAAGAAAUGGCUAAAACGCUGUCUUACAAAGAAAUUUAAAGCAUUGUUAAGGAAAAAAAAAAUAUCGAUACGGACAAAAAACUAUGCACAUUUAGGCGCUUAAGGCCCUUAGGUAAGUACCUAUUUAAUCUUUACACAAUGCGACAAACUCAUCUCUAAACGAUGCCACCAGUUAUCUUAAUUUACAGGAGUGCGCCACCAUCAUUCCCGGCUAACCGUAAGGUAUAUCUGAUUGAAAUUAGUUCUGGACAUCCUAAAAGUGCUUGCUCCUUUAUUACCUAGAAUACAUAACUCAAUUUGAAAAUUGGUGAUAUUCAAUCUAAAAAAAUUUACCCUGGAAAAUAAAUUGCAAUUUCUCACUUCGUUUUUUGGGACCUACCUAUGUUAAACUAAUUUCGAGUGAAAAAUAGCGAAAAUUUUUCAAGUACGUGAAUUACGAGUAUGUAGUAAUUUUCAAUUUUUAAAUAAAAUAUACAUUAUGUAGGUACUUAGAGCUAGUAAUUUAUUUCAAA